AUAAGGAUCUGUCUUACUUAUGCAGUCUAGUUUAAUUAAUUGAAUUAAUUUAUUGUUAUUUUUUGGUAAAUUCCGAAUCCUAAAAUUCGGUAUAAAUUCUGAUAAUUGCUUCCGUUUUAGAUUCGAAAAAGUAUAAUCUGUGGCGCCCAACGGUACUCAUACUCAGCGCCCCCAGACCGCGAGGAGUUGUCGGCGGCGGCCACGAGUGGCGUGCAUAUUGCAGUGACGUCCCGAAGGAUUCAUCACUCCACAACCGUUGUGUCCGAGGCUUCGACAGCGGAGGCCGUAACGAUGCAAUCGGAAGCGCCGAUAUCGGACUAUUGUGUUCUCCAGUUCGACCUCGAAGAUUCGGAGACAAAGAACAUCGCCAUCGGGCACUCUAUCAGCUACGAUGAUAUCUCCUUAGGGGGACACCUCUGGGGGAUUAACUGCUACCCUCGUGGGGAUAGGGAAGAGGAAAAGGGCGAGUACUUUUCCUUAUUCCUCUACCUUAUUGGCGACUCAAAAGGCAAAGGCGUCAAUGUCAUCUUCCAUGUUUUUUGUCUGGAAAGAGAAGGCGAAGCAUCUGCCUUCUCCAGUUUCUCCGAUGAUAAGAGGCUAGCCAAAGUGUUCUCAAGUAAAUGCCCCGAAUACCCUGAAGGCCACCGAAGCCAUGGGUGGCAUAAGUUUAUGAAGCGAAGCGUUCUUGAGUCAUUCUUUAUAGUAAAUGGUAGGGUGACGCUUAUAUGUACCAUCAUGGUUCUGGGUGCCGGCACCAUUCCAGUGCCACCCUCCAACAUAAGUUCUGAUCUUGGUUGUCUGCUCAAAUCCAAUGUCGGUACAGAUGUUUCAUUCAUUCUUAAAGGCAAGAUGAUCCAGGCUCACCGUGCUGUUCUCGCUGCCCGCUCGCCAGUCUUCAAAGCUCAGCUAUUUGGCAACAUGGCCGACGCCACAGCGUCAUCCAUCACACUGCAGGACAUGGAGCCAGCAACUUUUGAAGCUAUGCUUGCCUUCAUGUACACAGAUGAGAUGCCUGAAGAUAACGAGCUUGGAGGCUCUCCCACUCAAAUGGUGCAGCAUCUGCUUGCUGCGGCUGACCGCUAUGCAUUGGACAGACUGAAACUGAUGUGUGCUCGGAAGCUAUGGGACAUUAUUUCGAUGGAUACAUUUGCUUCUACUCUAGCCUGCGCCUAUAUGCACAGCUGUGCAGAGCUGAAGAGCAAGUGCAUUGGCUUCUUUGCCGUGGAGAAUAAUUUCAAGAAGAUAGUGUUCACAGCUGGUUUCAUAUGGUUGGUGCAGGAAUUUCCCGAUCUUGCUGAUGAGCUGAAAGAGACAAUUGGGAUAUAGUACAACAUGCUGAAACCUCUACGUGUAUAUAGUCUACGUAUUCAACCGUGGAUUCACUGUGUGCCAUUUUGGAACUAUGUAUGGUUGAUCUUGUUACCAUAUUUCUUGAAUUGCUGAUCUU